UCAACACUGGUGUUGUUUUGAAUUUUGCGCUACUUUUAUUAAAAAGCUAUUAAUCAUUACUAAAGUGGCAAUAAAAGUAUUGUGUUUGUAAUAAAUAAUGCGCGUUGUAAAUUCAUGCAUUUUGGAAUUGCGUGAGUAUAAAGACAGAAGAAUUGUGUGUCAACUUAAGGCAGACGAUUCAGCGAAUGAUGACAUAAACAUCAAAAAACCACAAGGUUUUCAUUGGCUGAAGGAACCACAUUGGCGAAAUUUCAAUGCACAAUUGGAACAGCUACUUGAUAAUCUAGCGGAUAAGACACGGAGUCGCAAUAAAAUUGUGCAGGAAAGCUUUCAACUAAAUGAUGAAGUCGACGUGGAAGUUAGUACUUCUUCAACACCUUUAAAAACACUUUUAGAUUGUUUAGGUCAUGUAAUGCCUGGAAGAAAAGAAAACACAUUAGCGUUGGACUUUUUAGUUCGACGUCGGAUGAAAAACCGAGAUGGUUGUCACACUGGUACUGUCGAUGAUUUGGAAUAUAAUCCGCAAUCGAUAUCGAGCACACCCAAUAUUACUAAUUCGCCUUACGUGCCAUCAAAGAUUGGGAGUAAAAACUCGGAUCUUGCCAAUGUUGAUCACGAUAUUUCCGAUGUUGACGACGAGGAUCGAUAUUCACCGAAAUUGUCAAGUGAAUACACCUUGCCAGUUUACACACCUAAACCCAUAAACAAAGAAGAUGACAUAUUUGCAGUCUCGAGUGAAGAUGAUAACAACAUUAGUGCUAACAUGGUUGAGAAGUCAGAUAUAUCAAACGCUACAGAAACUAAUGGUUGUUCAACGGAAGAUACGAAAAUUCGUCGACCUCAGCAGUCAAGGGAGCAAGAUAGCAGCCCAGAUGUAAUUUUACCACAAAUUCCUCUAGAAAAAGACAAUUUGAAUAAAAGUGAAAAGAAUGCGAGAUCGCGUCGUCGUGUUCACUACCAUGAUACCCAAACUAAAUAUGAACUUGUACAAAGAGGGGAGGAAAAAACUGAGAAUCUUUCAUUAGAUAUAGAACAGAACGACAUGCAAGAGAAAUGUUUGAAUGUAAAUAUUGUUGAUGAAAUAAAAGAGUCUCAAGAUGAUAUUAAUUUGGAAAAAUACGUGAAAAGGAAGAAAGAAAAGAGCGUGAAAUUUGGUGGCGAAGUAGAAAAGCAGAAAUCGGAUGACACGUCGCCAAAUUGUAAAAAUGAAUGCAAAAUUGAUAACCAAAUCAGUAAAUUGCGUCGUUCUAAUCGUUCGCCAGCGGCGGUACCUUUGCGUUACAAAGACAAGGAAUCGGCGCCUACAUACAAAAAGAAGUCAAAGGCAGUUAGUAAAACCAUGCUGCAAUGUUUUGGAUCUGAUGGCGAGAGCGACGAUUUCAUUGAAAAAACGCCCACUAAGGCUGCUCCUAAAACUCAAAUUGGAUCAGCACAAAUGACAUUGUCAGUGAAAAAACGCAAGCGAGAAGAGAAAAAUGAACGUGGAACAUUGCAACAGGAACAGCGAUCCAUGAAUAAAUGGUUGACAAAAAAGAAACCUGAAGAAUUGAUCACUCCUCAGAAGAAAGAACCAAAACCGACGAAGUCGUCGCGAGUGAAAGAAACUAAAACGAGUGAGACAAAUUGUUCCAGUGGCAUAAGGCGCAUUGUGUAUCCAACACCCGAGGAGAUAGCUAAUAAUGAGCGUAGAGAAAAUGAGCAGAUGAAAGUGAACAGAAAAAUGAAAGUGUUAUUGGAAGGCCUUUUGCAAGCACCCAAAAAAGUAAAAAUAUUAUCACUCAAUCAUAUGACUGCAGAUGACAUUUUGAGCACUUUUCCUAAAUAUAAAGAUCACCUUGACGAUAUUUUCUAUAAGCUGCGAUCGAAGCCGAAAGUGACUGGCUACAAUGGCAUUAACCACUAUUCGGUUAUUGAACUGAUCGACAAUGAAAAACAGUUAAAAAUCAUGAAUAAACUCGGCGAAGUCUACGAAAAUGAGGCUGAAGGAACGUCUAUGUAUUCUGCACUUUUCGCCAACGCCUUGAUGCCAGUAUGGCUCGUUAACAUUUUCAAGGAUGAGCACAACUUUUCCCAUAACGAUGCACUGUUGCGAUUAAACGAUCAACAAAAGUACAUGCAGUAUAUGGAUGUAGAGGAUAAUCACUGAGAAGUACCCUGGCAUAUACACAUAUUUGUUACUCCAUUAUUUUUAAGCAUACGGUAAAUUAGCUUAGGAUGAAAGAGAAGUCUAAAUUUAAGUUUUCUGGUCCGAUCGGGAUUUACUCCAAUAGUUGACGCUAUAAUUCGCAAAAAUAAGACUGGAAAACUCGUUAAACCACAGCCUUUUACUAAAUUGUUAAUGUUAUAUUACGCGUUCAUUCCGCAAUUCUCUUAAGCUGCCUUACCACUAUUUGUAAAGCAUUACUUUCAUCCUUGUAUGUAAGAAAUUGCAGUAUUUUUCGUAAUCCAACAAAGAAAAUUACUAAAUAUAACAGUUUUUAUAUCUGAAA